AUGCUGCUGCUGGGUCUGGUUCUCCUGUGCCUCCUGGCCAGCUCUCCCUCUGCCGCUGCCCCGUUGCAGGACUCUGUUUCUGGACCGGGCCCAGUCUUCACUGGGUCUCCCAGGAAUAAGCUCCUGCUCAUCUCCUUCGAUGGCUUCCGCUGGGACUACGACCGAGAUGUGUCAACUCCUCACCUGGACAAGAUGGCUCAGGACGGGGUGAAGGCAGCCUACAUCACGCCGCCAUUCAUCACCAUCACCAGCCCUUCUCACUUCACUUUGCUCACAGGACGGCAUGUAGAAAAUCAUGGAGUAAUCCAUAACAUUUGGUUCAACACCACCACUCAGGAGAAGAAGCAGUACUAUAUGGCUCAGUUUGUAGAUUCCUACUGGGACAAUGGCAGCUUGCCCAUCUGGAUAACAGCACAGAGACAGGGUCUAAAGACAGGCUCCCUCCACUUCCCUGGCACUGCAGCCACCUACCAAGGAGAAACUGUGGCAGUGAGGCAAGUGGAGCCUCGUUUCUAUGACCAUUCAAAUGAGACAGACUGGAGGCUGAACAUAGACAAGGUGAUUGGAGGGUGGUUCAACCAACAGGACCUGGACUUUGUCUCCCUGUACUUCGGAGAACCAGACACCGUUGGGCACAAAUAUGGACCAGAUUCCCCAGAACGCCGGGACAUGGUCAAACAAGUGGACCGCACUGUGGGCUACAUCCGGGACAAAAUCCAAGAGCAUGGUCUCACUGACCAACUCAACAUUAUCAUCACUACUGACCAUGGGAUGAACUCAAUACUACAAACUGGAAUGUCUGAAAAGAUCAUUCUUUCCAACAUCCCUGGCUUCAGCUUCAGCGAUAUUAAAUUUCAGCUGUUAGAUUAUGGUCCUGUUGGGAUGCUGCUUCCCAAAGAGGGGAAGUUGGAGAAGGUGUACCAGGCUCUGAAAGGAGGUCACCCUCAUCUUAACGUGUACAAGAAGGAGGAGAUGCCAGCUAGACUGCACUACAGUAACCAUCCUCGCCUCCUGCCUCUCAUUCUCUUUGCUGACCCAGGAUAUGCUAUUAGUGGGUCUAGGCAGUUGCAGUUCAACAAAGGAGAUCAUGGUUUUGACAAUGAACUGAUGGACAUGAAGGCCAUCUUCAGGGCAGUGGGGCCUGACUUCAGAAAAAAUCUGAAGGUGGGACCUUUUGACAUGGUCAGCGUGUACCCACUGAUGUGCCAUCUACUGGGUAUAAACCCAGAGGUCAACGAUGGAGACUCAAGCAUUAUCAAACACAUGCUGGUCUCUCAGGAAGACACUGGAGGAGAGCAUGAUGAAAAGGAAAUCAAGUUGAAGGUGCUUAUUGGCGUGUCAACAGUUGCUGGGUUCCUUGUACUAGCAUUCAUUGUGACCACUGCCUACACCCUCUUUAAAAGGGCAAAGGUCAACCACUCGCCUCGAAUCAUCCCUCAACAUCAAUGA